GGAACGGAAAAUAACAAAAAGCUGAUUUAGGGUUUCAACGAUCCCCGAAAUAGGAAAGGUAAGGUCAGAAAGCCAUGAAAGGCCCCGGCGCAAUAGAGGUGGCCAAGACGGUUCUGGAGGUAGCCGACGUCGCCUGGACCGCCAUGGAACACCACCAACACCAUCAUCACCAUAACCAGGAACCAGCCGAGACGGAGACGGAGACCAAUUCGGACGACCAAUUGGAAUCUCUACGAUCGGAGAAUCGGCGUCUUAGGAACUUGCUUGACCAGAAUCUGAGGCUCCUUCAGGACCUCUCCGAAUCCUCUUUUUCCUCCAACGAUUGCCCUUCCGAUUUGUAUGCCCGGCUCGUAGCAACGGUGGAUUCUGAGCAGUUCUUGACUCGUCUCAGUUCCCUCCAGCAGGCAUCGGUCAAUGGGACUAGCAAUGAAUUUCCUUUCAAAGAGGCCUCAGUUGAUGAUGUGCACUCGGCUGAAGUUCUAGUCAAAGUUGACAACGAAGAGCCCAGCUGGUGGGUAUGGGUCACAGAUGAAAUGGUGCCUAGCAAUGUUGAGGAAUGGAGCGGGAUUGACAAUGAAAGUUAUAUAGUUGUUAGCGAGGAGCAUGUGGUGGAUGGGGUUGCCAACUUUAUGGCUAGAUGCAUUAUGUCAAACCCUAGAGCUCGGAAUUUAACACCAGAAGAGCUGCAAAAAACUGUGGCAAAAGCAGUAGAAGGUGUCAGCAAACUGGAGAAGAUGUUAGGUAUAUGGCAUGCUGGGAAACUGUUUUAUGCCUUGUCCUCCUGGGGACUUGCUCUAGCAGGGUUGUACAGGACUCGCACCGUAUUGAAACUUGCUGCAAUGGGUGUUCGCACAAGCAGCAAAGUCAUUCUUGGGGCUCUCUAAAGAUGGUCAUUCCACAGGCUCUGAAUUGUAUAUAGUUGGGCAUAAUGCCAAUUGCUGGAGACAGUCAGGAGAAAACUUUAUGACUCUCGAAUAUGGUUGUAAAUAACCCUGGUUUUCUCCCCUCAAAAAUACAAUGCAACCGCCCUGGCUUUCAAAACUGUUGUACUCCUACAAUGACUGAUUGUAUUGAUUUAUUUCAUUAUGAUUGAUUUCACCACCACA